AUGCGUUGGGAAAACGGCAUUCCCGAUGCUCACUCGCCGUCUUACAUGCUGCUCAUGGCUCUCUGCGCGGUGAGCGCCCAGACGACCGCUCUGGAUGCAGUCUUUGAGUCCGCGUUGCUCGAUGGCCCUCCCGUACCUGACUGCGAUAGGUAUUUCUCCGAGGCCGUUUCCAAAAUACCGGAACGCUUUGUACAAGCACAGGACCUCGACUACCUACGAUCAUUCGGCCUCUUGGCAGUGUACUCGUUGCGACGCGGCAACCACGGCGAUCUGCACCGGUACCUUGGGCUAUAUCAUGCCUCGGUGGCCCAGAACGGCUUCCAUGACGAGAGUCGCUGGCCCGACGACAUUUCAAUGUCCGAGGUGGACGAUCGACGGCGGCUCUUCUGGUGCGUCUAUCGCCUGGAGAUACACUCUGCCUGCGUACUUGGUCACGUCGUGCGCUUGCCGGAAGCGCAGGUCUCCGUCCUCUACCCCAGGAUCACUCCAGCCAUGGACCCAGAAACACACAUCUGGACUGCCGGGUGGGACUACAUCACCGACCUGUUCCGGCUUCUGGAGUAUGCCAUCUUCUGCCUGCACGGGUGCAAAACCCGCAAGCCGCUGCUCGCCGUGCUCUCCGACCGACCCUCGCCUACUACGUUACUGGACAGCUUGACGCGACUCAAGGCCAGCAAGUCGCGGAUAUUGCUUGGACUGGGCGACGCCGACAACGACUUUCAGAGUAACCGGUGCAAAUACAUGGCAGUUCAAAUCACAUGUACAGAGGCGCUCGUGAGCAUCAUGGCCCUCCUGUACUGCCAGGCCCCUGCCCACGAGGUGAUGGAACUCGCCGAGAGAUUCUUGGAGGAAGUGACAAGGGCACCUCUCAUCAUAUUCAAGGUCGCCAGCAGCCAAAUUGUCCAUCAACUGCUUGGUGUCGGCCACAUGCUAUCCAAUGCCUCGCGGUUCGACAAUGGUCGGCACCGGUCCGAGGCCAAACGACUGAUUGCGUUCCUGGGGGAUCUGGUGAGGAACUUGGAGCAUGACAUUCCCUCUGCUGCCAAGGCCGGCGAGCGAUUGCUCAAGCUGGCGGAAGCCACUUUGUAA